UUCAGCUGUCAACGUCGAGCAAUCAGUCGAUUUAAAAGUCUGUCAACGUGUCGGACCCGGAUAAAAGUGAUGAAUUGGGUUUAAUCGAACAUGUCACGCGGUAAUCUGCGCUUGGGGAUGGACCCCGAGCCAGAAAAGCCCAAAAUUACGAUCAUCUGCUUCGAUAUCACUAACCAGUCGCAGACCGUUCAAUUCUUCAUAUGUAGCAGUGCCGUGUUUCUAUUUUUCAUCCUGUAUGGGUACAUGCAGGAGCUCAUUUUCACUAUCGAGGGCUUCCAGCCCUUCGGCUGGUACCUCACGCUUAUUCAGUUCGGGUACUACACCCUUUUCGGGUUAGUAGAAACCCGCCUUAGGAACAUAACCUCUCGAAAAAUUCCAAUCCAGACGUACUUUUUACUGGCGCUUUUAACACUAGGCACGAUGGGGUUCUCCAAUGCCUCCUUGGGUUACUUGAAUUACCCCACACAGGUCAUUUUCAAGUGUUGUAAAUUGAUUCCUGUUAUGGCAGGAAGCAUCCUAAUUCAAGGCAAACGGUAUGGGCCUUUGGAUUUUAGUGCUGCUGUUUUAAUGUGUGUAGGACUAACACUGUUCACACUGGCUGAUUCGCAGGUACAGCCUAAUUUUAACACGAAAGGAAUUACCAUGAUUUCCAUGGCGUUGCUAUGCGAUGCCAUCAUUGGUAAUGUGCAAGAGAAAUCAAUGAAAAAUUAUGGCGCUCAUAAUGCAGAAGUGGUUCUAUUUUCCUAUUCCAUUGGCUUCCUGUACUUGUUGAUUGUUAUGGGGGCUACUGGGGAUCUAGCCGAGGGCAUACAAUUUUUUUCACAGGUGAUUCCCACAUUUCUAUUAUUAUAUAAAUUAAUUGUGUGUUGGCAGAACCCUAAAAAACUGUACGGAUAUGCAUUAACUUUUUCCCUAACUGGAUACCUAGGGAUACAAAUUGUUCUCACUCUAGUCAGGACGUGUGGCGCGUUUGCGGCAGUUACUGUAACUACGUGCAGAAAAGCAGUCACUAUUAUCGUGUCAUUUUUAUUCUUCAGCAAACCGUUUACGUUUCAGUAUUUAUGGUCGGGUUUGCUGGUAAUUUUAGGUAUUUAUUUAAAUUUGUUUAGUAAGAAGCAUCCCAUGUCAUUUUCUGACUUGGAAAUAUCCAUUGAACGUUGUAUUAGGAUGAUCAAAAUGAGAAUUUACGCUAAACGUUAUGGUGCUCGCCAUUAUAUGGCCAAUGUCUAGAAUUUUAUGUAAAAAAGUAGGCAAUAUUAAUUUUAGGACAUAGAUUUGCCCACUUCAGAGGGCUGUAUUAUGAUCAAAUGCUGCAAAAUACCUUGUUUUACAUGGUAGGAUGUGUUCAAAUUUUAAUAGAUGAUUUUUAUCUAUAAUAAAAAUUUACGAACAAAA